GCUCGGUUCGCUCAUAUUCAGAGCAAGGUUGGACUGACGACGAUUCUACGCAAUCACAAAGUCGACGUUUGUGAGAAAACCACGAUUCCGUACGAUCCGGACAAGCGUGGCGUUUUCUUAACAUUGAACGGUGGUGUGAAUUUAAAGAUAUCUAAGAACAUGGACUGCUAUCAACUUCUCUUCGCCAUUGGCGCCAUAGUGCUGGCAAUUUAUUAUUAUUACACUUCGACUCACAACUAUUGGAAGAAUCGCGGCAUACCUGGACCAAAACCAGGCCCGUUUUUUGGAAACUUUUGGGGUAUUAUCACUAGAAAAUACGCGAUAGCUACAGCUGUGAAAAAUUGGUACCACGAAUUCAAACACGAACCAGUGUUCGGAAUAUACGAGGGAAGAACACCGGUUCUUAUUAUCAACGACCUGGAACUGGUUAAAGACGUUCUCGUCCGGGACUUUUCUUUAUUCAUUGACCGAGGAUUUACGAUAUUUGAUAAGAUUAAAGAGAUGUUUCCUCUUGUCAUGGAAUGUGCGGGAAACUUAGAAAAAUUUGUAGACAAAGUAGCGGACAAUGGCGAGCCAGUGGAAUGCCGUGAAAUGUUUGCGAAAUUCACGACCGACGUGAUCGGGAGCUGCGCGUUUGGAAUCAACAUGAACACACUUGAAGACGAAGACAGCGAAUUUCGAAAAAUGGGCAAACAAGUUUUCACGCCCAAUUUUCGACAGCUGAUGGAGGACGCUUGUAAACAAUUUGCACCAUCGCUGUUUAAAGUCAUUGGCAAGUAUCUCCAUUCACCGGUAGUCGAGAACUUCUUCAUUGGUCUAGUACGCGACACGAUGAAGUACAGAGAACAGAAUAACGUAACCAGACCAGACGUAAUCAACAUGCUCAUGGAACUGAAGAAACAUCCAGAUAAAUUGGGCAAUAUCGAACUAACCGACACCUUGCUUACUGCGCAAGCGUUUGCCUUCUUCGUUGCUGGAUUCGAAUCUUCGUCGUCGACGAUGGCGCAUACACUGUACGAGUUAGCACAGCACCAGGAUGUUCAAGAUAAAUUACGACAAGAAAUUAGACACACGUACGAGAAGAACGGUGGUACACUGACAUACGCAGAUAUCAAAGAAAUGAAAUACUUGGACAAAGUAUUCAAGGAAACGCUACGAAUGUAUCCAGUACUGACGAUGCUGACCAGACAAGCAGAGGAGAAUUACACGCUUAAAGGAACGAAAAUCAUCAUACCGAAAGGAAUGAGAAUAUGGAUAUCCGUGUACGGAAUUCAGACCGAUCCCGACAUUUAUCCGGAACCAGAGAAAUUCGAUCCGGAAAGGUUUGAGGACGAUGCUGUUGCUGGUAGACAUCCUAUGAGUUUCCUAUCUUUUGGCGAUGGACCGAGGAAUUGCAUUGGUAUUCGAAUAAAAUACAUAUAAAAUAUAGCGUCUGACAUCGUUUCAU